AUGAGAACGCCUAAUUUGAGGAGUCCUACAUUCAUCUUUCUGGUUGCAUUGCUUGUCUGGUCUUCAGGAAAUGAAACUUGCGGUGCUAGAAUAGUCAAGCACUGGAGAGGAAGCAAAGCUAUUCCACCAUCCCUGUCAAAUAAGAAAGGUGAUAAUGAUGCCGAUAGCCAAUAUCCAACAAGGUUGAUGGAAGAGAGUUUCACUGCACAAGGAGGGGCUUCGACUACUACCUUCAAUGUAAUAGACUAUGGUGCUAAAGGUGAUGGAACUACGGAUGACACAAAGGCAUUUGAUGCAGCAUGGGCAUCCACUUGCAAAGUGGAGGCAUCAACAAUGGUGGUUCCAUCAGGGUCUGUCUUCCUAGUCAAGCCCAUCUCUUUCUCAGGACCCAACUGUGGAUCAAACAUCAUAUUUCAGUUGGAUUUUCUGUGUCCAUCAGGGUCUGUCUUCCUAGUCAAGCCCAUCUCUUUCUCAGGAGAUGAUUGUGUGUCCAUACAAACUGGGUGCUCUGGCAUAUUUAUUCACAACGUGAAUUGUGGACCUGGGCAUGGGAUCAGCAUUGGAGGACUAGGAAGGGGCAACGCCAGGGCCUGUGUCCCAAAUGUCACCAUCCGAGACACCACAAUGCACAAUACAUUGACUGGUGUAAGAAUAAAGACAUGGCAGGGUGGCUCAGGGUUGGUGCAAGGAGUCAUGUUCUCCAACAUUCAAGUUUCAGAAGUUGAAACCCCUAUCAUGAUUGAUCAGUUCUACUGUGAUGGGAGCAAAUGCCAGAACACGACAUCAGUUGUGGCUGUGUCGGGCAUAUCCUAUCAAAAUAUAAGAGGAACCUAUAAACUGAAACCUGUUCACUUUGCAUGCAGCGACAGCUUGCCAUGCACGGGUGUAACAUUAAACACCAUAAAUCUAACACCAAUACAGGAAAAGAACCACUUGUAUGAACCCUUUUGCUGGCAGACUUAUAGAGAAUUACGAACAACCACCACACCUCCAAUAAAUUGUUUGCAGAUUGGCAAGCCAUCAAACAACCAAGUUCAGAACAGUAAUGGUUCCUGCUGA